AAUGCACGUCCUCUACGAAAUAUUAGCAGAAAUGCUGUUUCGGAGGCAUAAUUUUCGAAUAAUAGAAAAAGUGUCUAUCAUUUAAAAAUUUAAUACAAUGAGUUAAUUUUCUUAAUUUUUAAAGUUUUUGUUUGAAUUGUUUUUAGAGGUGCAAGGUCACGUCCUUCAAUCGAUAAACAAUUAUUAUAUACGUGACCACAUAUUGUCACGAUUGUGUUUUUAUGUUUAUAUAUGCCAUACUUAUCACGUGCCAACUCACAAUAUUAAGAUAUUAAGUUCGUAAUUGGACGAAUUAUACAAAAACUUUCUUCAUGGAAUAUGGGCAUCUGCUUAGACACUGAACAAAAUAAUGAUGAUUCGGAGUCGGGAGAUCCCAGUCGCCGCGAGAGUACUUGGCCACCCGCUUCAGCUUCGGGUACCGCUUUUCCCAUGCAGAACACGAGCCACGUCAAGUUUGAACCGCCUACGGUGCCAGUCAUAUUUGUCCUGGGAGGCCCUGGGAGCGGGAAGGUGACGCACUGUGAUAACCUGAUGCAGGAGCGUCGCGGCCUCGUCCACAUCAACAUGACAGAUCUACUGCAGCAGUAUGCUAUAGGAAAUGAUUUGCAAGAUUUCGGUAUAUUGUCGAGCAAGACAGUCACUGAAGUGUUGAUGCUGGAGAUGAAGAUGGCACCAAGCGCGAAGGCCUAUCUGGUCUCCGGCUAUCCUCGCUCCAUGAGGGAUGUUGCGGAGUAUUCUGAUAAGAUUCAAACAAUGAACGGCGUGGUUCUGGUCAGCUGGCGACAGCGAGUGUUGGAGAAACAGAUCGAGUAUGGUGCGAGGCUGGGCCACGUGGUCCUCAGUCUGGCCAGGAUGGAACUCAACAACUUCUACAAGAACGUGAUGCCCGUCGCCGACUACUUCGACCAGAGCAACAUGCUCAUUGCAGUGAACGGCGAACGGAAUCCUGAAGAAGUGUACAAGGACUUCCGAGCUGCUAUCCUGCAGAUCCUGGCGACUACUGAAGACCACGACUUGCAUGGUGGAGUCGGUAAUGGUGGUAUUCCAGGAGAGAUAGUAGGAGUUGAGCCAGCUCCCACGAGAAACCGCACCGCAAUUAUUAGAACGCAGGACAUAGACCCGGACUCCGAGGAAAUGUCCACUGCACCAUUGAAUGGCGUGCCAGCCAUCCCAGCUGCACCGUUAGCUGGCAUGCCAGUUGUUACAAGCGUUCCAGCUGCUCCGAACGUGCCAACCAUGCCAGGACCUAAAGUGAUGGCAGUGAACGGAAAUGUUGAAAUGCAUCCGAGUCCCAAGAAGCCGGAAGUGUUGCGAGUACGGGGAGCGUGGACGACAGCUCCGACUCUGUGGGUGGUGGGAGGUCCAGGCAGCAACAAGGCAGCGAUCUGUCACCGAGCGGUCUCCAAGCGACAGGGCUGGACGCUCUUCAGUUUGGGCCAACGUCUUCGAGCAUUGGCGGACGCUGGAGGCGGCCCAGCGUCGGAUGGUGCGAUAUCUCGUGCUGCAGUGAGCGGGGGUGAACUGGCUCCCAUAGACCUAGUCUCCAGGCUGGUGAAGACCGCAGUGCUUGACGCUGCGAAGAGUGGACAUGGGCUGGUACUGGAUGGAUACCCGAGAGACCUGGAACAAAUGGAGUGGUAUGAGAAUGAGUUCCACUCACAGCCGCGCAUGGUUCUACUGGACUGUUCAAAGCUGCAGCUGGGUCGUGGAAGAAGAGACGACUCUGUGGCGGCGUUCAGAAGACGGCUUGAAGUGUUUCGGGAGCUGAGUUUGCCUAUGCUGAAAAACUUGGACCAAGACCAUAGACUUGUUAUUGUGGACGGAGACACAGACUCGGACGAGGUGCAGAUGGAAUUCUCGCGAGUGCUGGAUGAAGAGAUGACGAAGGCCGAAGCCAUCGCCCAGAUGCCACAACAUACCCGGACGAACUCAAAUUCAACAAUAGAACAGUUCACACGUUCCGUUUCACGAAUGGGCGCGGGGUUCGCAAACAGUUUGCCUGUGAACGGAAACGUGCACAACGGAACGUUGCCCAACGGAAAUAUCUCAAACGGAUUCAUUGGCAUGGGUCACAAUAAGGUUAAACCGUUGAUGAAUAACACGAAGCGAGUAGCAACUAUAUCGCAAAUGUCCCAGGAUGACGUCAGAAGGCUGUACGAGCAGAGCACAGGAGAGAUCACCAUGAACACGCAUAUGUAGACUCUCUCUGUGUGAAGUCCUCCGAGUUGCUAAUCUACUUCAGAUUCUACUACAAUUAAAAUAAAGACUAUAAUACCGUAGUAGACAUAACAAAUUUAUGUUUGUUCCUGUUGUUUCCAUUAUGAUUAUCACAGUUUCUAAAAAAAUCUCUAAUGUCUUAUGUACAUCUUGCCAUUAUAAAGAAUGAAUUGAGAGGAAAAAAAGGGUGUGUGUACUUAUGUAUGCACGCAAGAAGUCAUACUUCUUAGGCCUGACGAAGCAAAAAUCAUUAAAAUGAUUUAUUUCUCGUGCUAUUCUACGUUUUUAGAAAGAACAAUUUUGUAAAAAUCUUGCAAAGAUGGCUUUUACAAUUAAUUAUUAAAUAAUGAAUACGGCUGUAUGGGCUUGAACUCUUUGUCUGUCCUAAUAAUGUAUUAAGAAACCAAAAAAAAUAACGAAUGACGCAAACGUCACGUAAUUUUAGGAACCAACUUCAACCUGUUACUUUUGUUUUACAAUGAUGAAAAUUUCACUCUCAUCAUUUUUUCAUAACGCGCCUAAAGACGUAGGUACUUAUAGCUUUAAAAAAAUUAUCUUAAUGAUUCUUGAGGACCUAAGUUAUAAAUAGUAAGAAUAACCCAAUUCUGGAGCAUACAGGUGGUAUUAAUAUCGGCUUCAUUGCCCCAAUAGAAACAGUUAUGACGUUAAAAAUAUUGUACAAUAAAGACUCAUUCAAUUUGGACUUAACAACUUGUCCAUUUAGCCAUUUAGUGAUGUAUCUAUGUAGGUAAUAUUAGUUAGACUAGCUAAUUAGAA